UGGAGUUGGGAGAAGAAAAUAAGACGCCGAUUUCUGAAGUAAAUUCGAUACUGAUAUCUUUAGAAGACAAAACUCUUUCAGAAACCUCCGCAUAACCUAUCUGAAAGAGCGUCUUACUGAAGGUGUUUAUGGUGAUUUCUGGUUUUUCUUCUUAAAACAUGAAAUUGUUUUUGUAUUUGGUUUAUUCUACUGUAAGUGGUGUUACACUAAAAGCGCUGGGUCCUGGUGUGGUCUCUCUCCCUGCCUGCUUUAAUGGAUCUGACGGCAUUCUUAAAGGAAAUAUUUGCAAUCCGAACGACCCGCAGCAAUGCGACAGUUGCGGCACGAAUGGAGUUUGUAUUCACAAAAAUAUGACUCAAAACUUCUGUGAAGACUUCUGUACCAGUCAUGGCUUUCAGAACUUUGGAUUGGAACAUCCAAAUUAUUGUCACUGUGGACGAUUUGAUUACAUAAUGAAUUACGCACCUAUCAAUGAUAGCCUGUGCCAACACUCAUGUGCUGGAAAUAAAGAGCAAUAUUGUGGUGGGAAUGGUACCAUUUGGAUCUCUGGAACGUCGACUAAAAUAACUCCAAAAUCUGAGACGAGUACAACAUUACAACCAACAACCAUGUCAUUCGACAAUAAAUUAGAGAUGCUUGUAAAUCAAUCAGCCAUGUUAGAUGAAGCGACUACUUUGGAUCACCUGGUACUUCUUGCAAAUGACUUGUAUACUUUGAGUAAUCUUCGAUCAUCACCUAAGGAUGUUGUAAAGAUUAUUGAUAACAUUUUAGAAGUUGAUUCCAAAUUACAAGACGAUGAAAACCGGCCUCAAGCAGUUAAUACAUCGGCAAGAAUCAUCGGUGCAUUGGACAACCAAAUCACAAAGACUUUCGCAGAAGAGUCAAACUUCACUGUGGCAAAUAACAAUAACAUCGUAUUAAAAGCUGUUACGUUUGAUAAAAACUUCCUCACGAACGACUUACAAUUUUCUGCUUCGGCAGACAAUUUGUCGCUGGUAUUCGCAGACGCAGAACCGACGAAUGCUCUCGUAUCAGGCUCCAUACCAAAGAACAUAUUAAUAUCCAAAACAGAUCAAUCAACGAGCAUGCUCCAAGUAAGCUUCGUUGUGUUCCACAGAUCGGGCCUGUUCUUUCUUGAUGAUAACUUAAAAACUAACAAUAGCAACCAACAAACGACCAUAUGGCGGAGGGUAAUAGGGGUGAAGGUGGAACAAAUCGACACAGAGAAGCCCCUUGAUAACAACGUGACAUAUAACUUCAAUAACGUCAAGCUCAUGGAUAAGACAUGUUUCAAGGCUCGAUGUUCAUACAGCGACGCAAUAUCGAACGUGCUGCGUGAAGGCUGCAUCACAAGUGAUCGUGGAAAUGGUGACGUGUCGUGUUCAUGUAACAGAUUGGGGCACGUUGCCUUACUACUGGAUCCAGUCCAGGAUAACAAACUUGGAAGAGAGCAUGUACUUGCACUGCAUUUCCUGUCCAUCAUUUUGUUUGGUUUAUCUGCCAUCCUCUUAAUCAUCAUCUUGUUAGCAUACUUAAGUAAUAAAUUAAUCAGAAAAAGAGCACAAUCCAAAGUUUUGAUUUGUUUAUUCUUCUCUCUCGCUGUAUUCGACAUACUUUACAUUGUCAGCAACUUUUCACCUAGUUCACUAAUUUUGUGUAAAGCCAUAGGAGUCGCUCUUCACUAUUUUCUUCUAGCCUCAGUUAUGUGGAUGGGUGGCGAAGUCUUUACUUUGUACAUGAAUAUCGUACCGAAAACUAUAUUUGAUUCAGAUAACCAGGUAUUCGUAAAGAAGGUCGCCAGUGUUUGUUUUCUGUUACCAAUAGUACCUGUAAUUGCCGGUGCUGUCUAUGUUUUCAAAAUUGAAUGCGUCAAUAACGAAUAUCAGUAA